CUGGCAACAGAAAAAGUGACAAUCAUUUGACAGCUGCGUACCACUUUUUAAAAAUGGUCGUAUUUUGCAGAAGUGGUUUCUUGAACAAGGUCGUUAGACGUAUUGUUCAAGGUUCGGUAGUAAAUACUAAUAAAAUGGGUACUUCAUUUUCGCGGACUUGUAAUAUAAACACCACAUCAAGCAGGGAAACCAAUGAAAGACGUGGCACCAUUUCCCGCUUGGAAUCAACCAGCAACUAUGUAGAGUCAGUUGUCUGCAAUCAAGAUGACUUGAAAGACAAUGAAAUGAAAGUCUUUGACAUCGGAGAUGAAGGAAAAGUGCUGCUUGUGAAACAGAAAGGAGAAUUCAGUGCGUUGGGCACUAAGUGCACUCAUUAUGGGGCUCCGCUGGUGUCUGGGGCUCUUGGAGAUGGGAGGAUAAGGUGCCAGUGGCAUGGAGCUUGCUUCAAUAUCAAGACGGGGGAUAUUGAAGAGUUUCCUGGCUUCGAUUCACUGCCGUGCUACAAGGUUACAGUUACUGAAAAAGGAGAAGUUAAGGUACGCGCCAAGAUCAGCGACUUAAAGAGCAACAAGCGCAUCAAGGACCUCGGCAGCCCCUGCACCGCGGACGGCUCCUCCGUGGUCAUCGUCGGCGGCGGCCCCUCGGGCGCCACCUGCGCCGAGACCCUCCGCGCCGAGGGCUACCGCGGCCUCAUCACCAUGGUCACCAGAGAACACUUCCUCCCCUACGACAGGGUCAAAGUGUCCAAGAUAGGAACAGCUACAGACAUUGAGAAACUCCAAGCAAGGACACAGGAAUAUUACAAUGGAUCGAAUAUUCGUGUUAUCAGAGGCACGGAAGCCAUUAAAGUUGAGCCUGACUCGAAACUAGUACAUCUUAGCAACGGCUCCAAACUGUCUUAUACUUCAUUGUAUUUGGCCACCGGAUGCAAACCUCGUGUGCCUGAUGUACCUGGCAUUGAUCUUAAGAACAUAUUCACUGUCAGAGACUUUCAAGAUUCAAUGGAUAUUUUGAAUGCUUUAGGUGAAGGCGGAGAUAAGAAUGUAGUGGUUUUAGGCUUGAGUUUCAUCGGUCUUGAAAUAGCCUCGUCUUGCGUUAAGAAAGCAAAGUCCAUGACUGUCGUUGGGAAAGACGACGCGCCUUUAGGGCUCGUGUUUGGUAGAGAAAUAGGCCAGAGCCUCCAAAAGCUGUUUGAAGGGAACGGUGUGACGUUCCAUUUCCAAACCACAAUUGUGAAAUGCAACGGUGAGAAUGGUAUUAUCAAAUCGGUGGAGCUCGCCAACGGGACCACAUUGCAAGCUGAUAUGCUCGUUUUGGGUGUGGGAACUACCUACUACACAGACUUUUUAAAAGAAUCCGGUAUCGCAUUGCAACCCAACGGCGCGGUUAACGUCAACGAUAAGUUGGAAACCAAUAUCAAACAUAUUUAUGCCGGUGGCGAUAUCGCGUACGCUCCCGUGUAUAGUUACGAGAACAAACAAAUGAGCAUAGGACAUAUUGGCUUAGCUCAAUACCAUGGACGGGUGGCCGCUUUAAACAUUCUAAAGAGGGAAGCGCCUUUAAGAACAGUUCCAUACUUCUGGACUAUGGUAUUCGGUAAAUCUAUUCGUUACGCUGGUUGCGGGCGUCCGGCUAGCACGAUGAUAGACGGCGAUAUUGCCGGCCUCAAGUUUGUUAUUUUCUUUUUCGAUGAGAAGGACAAGGUGAUCGCCGUGGCAUCCUGCAUGAGGGACCCGGUCGUCUCCCAGUUUGCAGAGUACUUACAUCAAGGGAAAUCUCUGUACAGGAAGGACCUCAAAGAUGACGCUUUUGCGUGGACCAAAAAUAUUAAUUAAUUUUAAUAUCGAAUAUAUGAAAACUUGAUAAUUUUUAAGAGAUUUUUUUAAGAGAUUUUUAUAGGUAUUAGUUCAGAAAGUCAAGUAAAUUACAACUUGAAAUUAAAAGUAUUAUUUUAACAUUUAGUCUUAAGUUUUUUAAUUUUCUCAAGAACAACAGUGAAAUGCUCCUCAGUAUGAUCACAAUGUCUUAUUUCUGAAGACUUUGAAGAAGAGAAAUUUAAUUUGUUAGAGUCUGCGCGGAAAGAGAAGAGUCCACGAUUCUUCUCUUUCCAAACAAGUGUUGAUUAUAUUUAAUGGUAUCAAUCCAGGGUGAGUUUUUUUUCAGUGUAUAAAUUGUAAUGCAUAGUUUGUAACAUAGUCUGGUAAUUAAUGCAAGCAAAGGCGACGAUUACUUUAAUGAUCUUCAAAAUGAUUCCACUAAAUCAAUGACACUUAAGGACACCCUAAAUGCAUGCAUGCAACACUCAUGUCAUAGUAAUGACUCAUGUACCUAAGUUGAUGUCAUGUAUGUAAAGAAAACUGAAACUUAACAUUGUGACAAGACACAAGUACCCACGUAAAUACGUGUUGCACAUUGAAGAACACAUGUUACUUGUUUUUUAUCUUUAUAUGCUUUACUAUGAUGUUGAAAUGCAGUGUUAUCUUGGAUGUCAAUGGUAAAAGCAAACAAUUUCAUGUCAUGUUCUACAAAUUGUACUAAAGUAUGUGCACUGGAUAAAAUUUCGCUCCAUAUACUGUGUACUUAAAGCAUUAAGUAAGAUAUACUUAAAUAUUGUUUAUUUUUCAGUUGCAAAAUUUAUUGCAAAUUGUUAUAUUGAAUCUUUUUAAUAUUUGUGGUCUGAGACCUUACUUUAAGAUUUUUUACAAACAUUUAUCACAUUAGUGUUAAGACUUAAACAAGAAUUAGCUGUUCUCUCCUCUCUGCUAUCAAGAGGUGAUAAUAAAUGCAUUUUAAUAUUUUUCUUGCACUUUAGUCUUUGUAUUUAUUGUUACUAGAUAUUGUUCAGUCAGUCUUUAUCCCUUCUGUUUGCAAAUAGUGACACAAAUGUUACUAUACUAUUGUUGCCUGCUAAAAGAACUAGAUUGUAAGGCAUGAAUGUUUAGCUGAUUGAUAUAAGGGUGAUGUUUUAAUCAAGGAUUGUAACUGCGCAAAGUGAGAAUGUCUACUAAAUGUGAUAUCGUAAGUUGAUAAUAUUAUUCUGUAAGAUAUUUACAAUUAAUGUAUUUGAUGUCCAUGAAUAAAGUUAUUAUUUAUGUACAAUA